AAACCGUGUAAACCAGUCUUUAUCUCCCAAUUUCAUCAAGAUCUUUACAAUUGUCCGCGGUUUUCGUGAUAUUCGCCACAUCUUCCGCUAUUUUUCCGAGCCGGUCCUUUUCUGUCGCUUAGCCCGAUGAUCAGUCAAGUUGAUGGAUCUCAAACCCAAUAUUGCAUCCGCUACGAUAUACUCCAACUGGAGUAAGCCAGAUAUUAUCCGCCAUGUCUUCAGUGACCAUACAGUCGUGUCUUUACGGCCUUUAUGGCCUGUUCAUAAACGUGAUUGGAUAUGCCAAUGUGUCCCGCAGGCUUAGAGCCAUCGACCUGCAAGACUGUGCAUUAGCGCCAUUAUGCUGUACUUAUUUCCGAAAGCUUUCGAAUGGCCGUCGCCAACAGCUCUGGUCCCGUAUUCUGAAAUUGAUUACUGAAGCAGGAUUCAUGACUCUAAAGCCGGGAAAUUAUAAGUUUACACUAAACCCCACUCAGGUUCGCAACUGGCCAGACUUCACCAAGGAGAUAAAGGGCCUCGUAGAACCUUACUGCGGUAAAUAUGAGGCAUUCAUACCUACCAUAUCUCGAGAGAUAAUUGGCGUGGCGAAUGAGUUGGGGGUGCAGGGUCGCUUCGGAAAUAAUGUGCUGCAAUUUGUUGGGGAGAUAAUGGAUCUGAUGGAAAUUGGAGUCCGUUUCGGAGACGCGCAAUAUGGUCAACUCGCACGAUACAUGGACGACCACUACUGUCGCUAUGGCUUUCUCACGAUCUAA